AUGCGUUCUUCCGGCGGGAUACACACCGGUCUCUUGGGUUUACUUGCCCUCGCCGCUCGCCCAGCGGCUGCUUUUUUCCGCAUGGGAUGUGGCUCCUCUUUGGUCAUCGAGCGUGCUGACCCUAUUGUUAGCCCCGGCAAACCCUCUAGCCACCUACACAAUAUAGUUGGCGGCAAUGGGUUCGACUUCAAUAUGACUUACGAUGAUGCGCGUGCAUCGACGUGCUCGACUUGCGAGAUCGUUGAGGACUUAUCGAAUUACUGGGUGCCGACGUUGCAUCAGCAGGCCGCGAACGGGUCGUUUAUCCAAGUUCCCCUGGUUUCCCCGAUGACGGUCUACUAUUUGCAGAGGUACAAUUCCAACAACACGACCUUGAAGGCUUUCCCACCUGGAUUCCGUAUGCUCGCUGGUAACCCGAAUCUACGUUCCUACACCGAUACGCUGGCACAGCAAGCUGUGUCGUUCGUCUGCCUUGACUACAGCGGCACGAGCGACCAGACGAAUGUUUUCCCAACAAAAAAUUGCCCGGAUGGACUGAGGACUCAGAUCUUUUUCCCUUCGUGUUGGGAUGGCGUCAAUCUUGAUUCUCCUGAUCACAUGUCGCAUGUCGCAUAUCCCUCCGGGAUGGACAACGGCGAUUGCCCAAUUACUCACCCCGUCCGGCUGGUUUCUAUUUUCUACGAGGUCAUCUGGCAUAUCGCUCUUUUCUGGCCCUGGCCGACGGACACGCCGCCAUUUGUGCUGUCUUGCGGUGACCCAACAGGCACGGCAUUCCACGGAGACUUCAUGAACGGUUGGGCCGAGGACGUCCUGCAAUCAGCCAUCGACCAAUGCACGAAUUUGUCCGGUCUGGUGUCCGACUGUCCCGUAGUUACAGUGCGCACCUCGGACCAAAUGAACGACUGCGCCAUGCCCUCUCGCGUGGAAGAGACCGUUGGUGGAUAUCUCGACGCGCUCCCUGGUUGCAAUCCCGUUACGCCCGGGCCUGCGAAUGCUGUCCCCGUCGCGAACUGCCCAGUUCCCGCGAUCUUGCCCAAAGGAGAAGCUAGCUUCCUGAAGCCGGUGCCUGGCUGGACGGCGCUUGGCUGCGGACUGGAUGAGGGCCCGCGUAUUCUCCCCAAUCGCUAUACGAACGGGGCGAUGACGGUCGAGGCCUGCGUCGACAUUUGUGCCACGAAUGGGUUCACGUACGCGGGACUUGAGUGGGCGCAAGAGUGUUGGUGUGGAAACACGCUCGAUACAACUCGGCUGGGCCAGUACGCGUGCGACAUGCCUUGCCAGGGAGAUCCGUCCGAGUUCUGUGGUGCGAGUUCUCGCCUCGCUGUCUACAGCAAGGGUGGUGCCGCUCCCGUUUCAACCUCGUCUUCGACGGCAUCCACAGUUGCUGCCCCCACAUCUUCUUCAACUCCUGCCUCAUCUUCUGCAGCGGGCUCGGCGCUAUCCAAUGUUGUCUCGGUGCCGGCUUCGUCUAACGUCCCUGCACCCACGAGUUCCUCGUCCUCUUCGGUGUCUAAGCCAUCCAAUACUCCUUCCGCUCCCUCCACCCCUAACAACAAUGGAUGCCCUAAACCCGCGUUCUCUGAAUUCGGCGGGGAUGUACACGGACGUUCCCAUGACCUCUGA